AUGGCCUGCUGUUUAUCCGAAGAGGCCCGCGAACAGAAGCGGAUAAAUCAAGAAAUCGAAAAGCAGCUUCAAAGAGACAAACGAAAUGCUCGGAGAGAGCUCAAGCUACUUCUAUUAGGUGAGUUUGUGUGUCUCGUUUCCAAUUUGAAAACCCACGCCGAAAAAACACCUGGGCGGCUAGACGCUUCGAUCAUUUCACACCCAUUAUCGAUUCUCACACACCCCAAAAUUCCACCUGAAUCACAAUUCUCCAAAAUCUCGACUAAUGAGAGCUUAGAAAAUAGUUUCUGGGACGGAAAAACCUCUGCGGGCGUCUGAAAACGGGGCGAUAAUGGAAUAACUUUCGCUAUCAGUGGUCGUCUCGUACUAUUAUCAGUUCUUCCAGUUCUUAUCACUUCCCCGCACACUCUUUCCUUAUCAAUUGUCCCCGAGUGUGACCCGACUGUCCUUGACUUCCGGUGAUAAGCUUCUCGGCGAACGCGGUCUGAAAUCGGCCCGUUGUCUUCUUGACUCGUCUGCGUCUCCAUCCCUCUCCACCGGUUUCCGAACUGUUCAUGAGCCCCUCUUCCGAACAGUUUCCGGUUUCUUCCCCUCUCGAUCACUGCGCCACGCGAAUCGCCCGGUCCCUCGUCGUCGUCCUCGUCGUCGGGUGUGCUCUAAUAUGUAGAAAAUGUGGCGCUCACACGCAUAUAUCCCCGAAACCCCCGCCGUCCGUCCGCCCGUCCGUCCCCAUAUACACACACACACACACACAUAUAGAUAUAUGUGUACGUAUAUAGCAUUUGCAUGGUAAGAGAGAGCGAGGAGACUGGUGGAUUGCCCUCAGCGCCGUCAGUGCGUAUCGAUCGAGGGGACGGCCUGUGGAGGAGAAGGAGGCGACGAGACGGAGAAGCGCAGAGGGAGAGCAAGAGAGGCACACUCCCUAGCACGGGGCCCUGGUGCGCCGCCGCCGUUUCGCUCACAGUGGCGACGGGCACGCGCGAGAGACACAGAGAAGCGGGAUGGGCCAGCCGAGAGAGCAUCUGCAGCUGUGGAGCAAAAGCAGCAGGAGAGGGCAGCGAGACAACCCCAUCUUUCUCUCGUUCCUCGCCUCCUCCUCGCCUCCUCUCGUUCUCCGGCAGCUCCGUGCGCAGGCCAAGCUGUGAGUGAGUUUGAGUGUCUGUCCCCCCCCCCCUCUUCUGGUGUGUCUGAAGCCGGCUAGUGAGGGAAAGGAAGAGAGAGAGAAAGAGAUGUGUAUGUGGUUGUGUGUGUGUGUGUCUGUGUGCGUAUGUGUGUGUGAGUGCGUGCGUUUAUGCGCGCGUGGGAGAGGGAAGAGAGACAGAAAGAGAGCACAACCUAAUCAGCGCAGCCAACCAACCAGCAGCCCAGAGGAAGAAGAAGAGGCAGCAGCUUCCCGGCCGGGGCCCGUCCCGAAAAAGAGAGGGGGAAGACACAGAAGGGUGGGGACCCGGGGCCAGAGCAACUAGAUGAAUUCACAUACAAAUGACUAAUGGACAUGAGUUGUAUGCAGUGCAAAUUGAUUUCCAACCCCAAAUUUGUGUGUGUGUAUGUGUGCAUGGGGCUCUUCCCAGCGCCUCUUGUGCUCUCUCGUCGUCGAAAAGGCAAAAGCCUCUCAUUUGACGAGAUAAAUGCGGUGGUGGUGGCGCCCCGCUCGCCGUGGUUUUUCGCCCCGAAUUUCGUUCGCAUUUUCGAAAGAAGCGAGGUGGAAAGGGAAGGGAAAGCACGGGGAGGGGUCGAUGAAUCUUGGAAGAAGCCGAUGAGCAUCAAUUUCAAACUGGGGGGAAUCAUGAAUCUGAAUCUGGUGGUGUGAUGAGAAUCUGAAAACGUCUGAAAUGGUCUACAGUAGUCGCCCAGGUGGGAGAGCGUUCGGCUCUCCGUUCCUGUCUCAUCAAAUCCGUUUUGUAGGGACUGGAGAAUCCGGAAAAUCCACGUUCAUCAAGCAGAUGCGAAUUAUCCAUGGACAAGGUUAUUCAGACGAAGACAAACGGGCGCACAUCCGGCUCGUUUAUCAGAACGUGUUUAUGGCAAUUCAGGUUUGUAUUUCGUAUUCCCAGAAAACUGUUUUUUGUCGUCGUAGUCGCCGCCGCCGCCGCCGCCGCCGCCGCCGCCGCAGUCAGAAGACGGAUCCAGACGGUUUCUGAUCUCUGUUUUGUAUCCGUCGUGGCGGCGACAACGACGUCGCGGGCGCUUCUGUUGAUGGCUCCGGCCAGCGAGAUACGACUACAGCCGGUGUCUGUCACCUGAUUCCCGUGCCGCCGCCAGAAAAUCGUAGGGCGAUAGUGAAAAAUAAAAUAAUUGGCGGAUUAGUCGAAUCUCAUGGGAGCCCGCGCGCGCGCGUCACACCUACAAAAUAUUCCCACUGCGUACAAUUCUCGAGUACAACGAAUGUGCCCGGGACCGUACAAAUCAUCAUCAAAAAUCGUUGAUUUCAGUCUAUGAUCCGGGCGAUGGAUACACUUGGCAUCCAGUUUGGUGACCAGUCCGAAGAGCUACAGGUCAGUAAAACUUGAAAAAAGACGGGCGGGAAACUGAACGAGAAUUAAUUUCAGGAGAAAGCCGCAGUUGUGCGAGCAGUUGAUUUCGAGUCAGUGACGUCUUUCGAAGAACCGUACGUGUCGUAUAUCAAAGAGCUAUGGGAGGAUUCUGGUAUUCAAGAAUGUUACGAUAGGAGGAGAGAAUAUCAGCUCACCGAUUCCGCCAAAUAGUAAGUUUUUGAUUGAGUUUGAACGGGCUUUCUAACCCGUAUUUCGACCGAUUCCAGCUACCUUUCCGAUCUCCGACGGCUCGCCGUUCCGGACUACCUUCCGACCGAGCAGGACAUUCUGCGUGUUCGUGUGCCAACCACCGGUAUCAUCGAGUACCCGUUCGAUUUGGAGCAAAUCAUCUUCAGGUUUGUUGCUUUCUGACCUUGCUUCUGAGUGCUAAUUAUCCUAUUUUCCAGAAUGGUUGAUGUAGGAGGACAGCGAUCAGAAAGGCGGAAGGUGAGAACAAUUUGAGUUGAUUGAGCAGUCAGAACUAGAGAAUUUUCAGUGGAUCCACUGUUUCGAGAACGUAACAUCGAUCAUGUUCCUGGUGGCACUCUCAGAGUACGAUCAAGUGUUAGUGGAAUGUGACAACGAGGUACUGCUUUUUCAUUCAUUGUCAGAAUUUGAGCCGAAUUAUCUCAGAACCGAAUGGAAGAGUCGAAGGCGUUGUUCCGAACGAUCAUCACGUAUCCAUGGUUCACCAACUCGUCAGUCAUUCUGUUCUUGAACAAGAAAGAUCUCCUGGAAGAAAAGAUUCUCUACUCCCAUCUCGCAGACUACUUCCCAGAAUACGAUGGUGAGCCUUUUGUGUUUGGAACUUUCUCGACUUCUUGUUUCGUUGUAGGACCUCCACGCGAUCCGAUCGCCGCCAGGGAGUUCAUUCUGAAGAUGUUCGUGGAUUUGAACCCGGACGCUGACAAAAUCAUUUAUUCCCAUUUUACGUGCGCGACUGGUGAGUUGCCUGCGCAUCUCGUUGUGCUUGACAAACCACGUGGUUUUCCAGAUACGGAGAAUAUUCGGUUCGUGUUUGCCGCCGUCAAAGACACAAUUCUGCAGCAUAAUCUGAAGGAGUACAACUUGGUGUGA